AUGGAUGUAGUAAAAGUCGAACAAGGUAUGAUGAAAGGUGUUUUGUGUGAUAAUAGCGAAGGAACAUACUUUGCAUUUAAAGGAAUUCCAUAUGCAAAGCCACCGCUUGGGAGAUUAAGGUUCAAGGCUCCGGAACCUCCAGAGCCGUGGCAAGGUAUUCGCGAUGCAUCAGAGCACGGACCUAUUUGUCCUCAAUAUAAUGAACGACUGCAACGCAUUGAGGCUGGUAGCGAAGAUUGUCUCUACCUUAAUGUUUAUUCCAAAACGCUUCAACCAUCACAGCCCUUGCCUGUAAUGGUGUGGAUACAUGGAGGAGCUUUUUACACCGGCUCUGGAAACUCUGAUUUCUAUGGUCCAGAUUUUUUUAUGCGACAUAACAUGAUCCUUGUAACAUUAAAUUAUCGACUGGAAGUCCUUGGGUUUUUGUGUCUCGAUAAUGAAGAAGUACCAGGUAAUGCAGGAUUAAAAGAUCAAGUCGCAGCCUUGAAGUGGAUUAAAAAUAAUAUCACCGCUUUUGGAGGUGACGUGAAUAAUGUAACAAUAUUCGGCUGCAGCGCUGGCUCUGCAUCAGUUUCGUACCACUUGGUUUCUAGAAUGAGCGAAGGUUUAUUUAACAAGGCGAUAUGCCAAAGUGGAGUUUGCAUACAUGACUGGGCCUACAGUCUAUACGGACGUCAGCGCGCUUUUCAACUAGGACGAAUGUUAGGCAUAGAUACUAAAGACGCAACAAAGUUAGUACAAUUUUUAAGAGACGUUCCAGUGUCUUCAUUAGUCAAUAUCAAAUUACCAUCAGUUGAAACUAGUCACAUAGAUAUUACGGACGGUAUAUGUUUCUCACCGGUUGUUGAGAAAUCAGAACUUAAUGUUGAAAAUUUUCUAGCAGAAACUCCGAUUGACAUAGUUAAAAAGGGAAGGUUAGCAAAAGUACCUAUAAUGGUUGGGUAUACUUCGGCUGAAGGAAUAGAAUUAGGAAAAGUUUUUCCUUCUACAUUAAAUUUUUUAAAAACUGUAGGCGCGGUGAUACCGAGAGAACUAAAACUAAAGUUUGAUGAAUCAAGGUUGCGAGACAUUGAUGAAAAAAUUCGAAAGUUUUAUUUUAACGGCAAAGAACUUAAUAAAGAUAUGGUCCAGGAAGUAGUAAAUCUCGAAACGGAUAAAUUGUUCGCAUACAAUGUUUCUAGAUUUGCACGUUAUUACCGUCACUUAACAUCCAUGCCUGUUUACUUAUAUAAAAUGGCGAUUGAAACAGAAAGAAAUUUUACAAAGAAAACAUAUAAAAUGGAAUCUAUACCCGGAGUUUGUCAUUCAGAUGACUUACCAUAUCUGUUUAACAUUACUUGUUUAGACAUACCAUUGACGGAUGAAUCUAAGCAAUACAUAGAACAAUUUGUUCAAUUAUGGUAUAAUUUCGCUUCGACUGGGAAUCCUACAUCUACAAAAAUAGCAGUGGAAUGGAAACAGUUUACAGAUAAGGAACGAUACUGCCUAAUUAUAGACAAGGAACUUAAGUGUAUUUUGAAUGUUGAUGCAGAAAAUAUGAAAUUUUGGGAGAAUAUUUACGACGAAAUAGAACUUAUUUGAAUUGAUGAAACCAAACAUAUUUUCGAGUAAUGAUAGAAGAUGAAGAAUGAUAGAAGCUUUGUGAAAUUAAUAAAUUAGUAUUUAUUACUAUAGAAUAAAACACGAAGUUUGUUUGCA